GGGACUUACAACUGUUAUUUAAGAGCCCCCAACUACUGCCAGACUUCCCUGCACUUGAGAAAGCCUGCAAGGAGUAGGAAAAAGAGCAUCUGAACAAAAGGGAUUGCAACAUUUUUACAAUGUCUCAACCAGCAAGUCAGAAGAAGCCACCCUCUGCUAGCCUGAAUGGGCGAAGAGCCCUCCCACCAAACUUCUCCAAUGCUGAAGAAGAUGAGAUCCCUGAAAUGGAGGUGACUGGUUUGAUGCCUAAGGGAUUCAACCUGAAAGAUUAUUUGCAAGUUGUGAAUGUUAACAUGAUCAGCAGUGACCAGGAAAUUAACAAGCAGCAGCAUCAUACUGAUCGGUACUAUAACCCUAAGCUGAUUGUGCGUCGUGGACAACCUUACUAUAUCCAAAUUGAAUUCACCCGUCCUUACAAACCAGAAAAGGACGUUUUCUGGUUGGAGUAUAUCAUAGGUCGAUAUCCACAGGUGAACAAAGGCACUUACAUUCAGAUCCCUUUGGUUGAAGAACUAAAAAGCGGGGUCUGGGGAGCCAAGGUUAUGCAGAAGGAGGGCAACUCUGUUAACCUGUCCAUCAUGUCUGCUCCAGACUGCAUUGUUGGGAAAUUUCGCCUGUAUGUUGCUGUCUGGACCCCCUCUGGCAUCCUCAGAAACAAGAGAGACCCAGCAACUGAUACCUACAUCCUGUUCAAUCCCUGGUGCCAAGAAGACUCUGUGUUUUUGGAUGAUGAAAAGGAAAGGGAAGAGUAUGUCCUGAAUGAUGUUGGCGUGAUUUUCCAUGGAAACGUCAAUGAAAUAAAAACCAGAAGCUGGAAUUAUGGUCAGUUUGAAGAGGGCCUUCUGGAUGCUUGCCUGACCAUUAUGGACAGAGCAAAAUUGGAUCUCUCUGGGCGGAGCAAUCCAGUCAAAAUAAGUCGAGUUGCAUCUGCAAUGAUCAAUGCUAGAGAUGACGAGGGUGUACUUUCUGGCUCUUGGGACAAUGUUUAUGCAUAUGGUGUUCCACCAUCAUCUUGGACUGGAAGUGUAGACAUUCUUCUGGAAUAUCAUAGUUCUGCAUCCCCAGUGCGAUAUGGUCAGUGCUGGGUCUUUGCUGGUGUCUUCAACACAUUUUUAAGAUGCUUAGGUAUACCAGCAAGAGUUAUUACCAAUUAUUCAUCUGCCCAUGAUAACAAUGCCAAUUUACAACUGGAUAUCUUCAUGGAUGAAGAAGGAAUAGUGGACACCAAACUUACAAAAGACUCAGUCUGGAACUAUCACUGCUGGAAUGAGGCUUGGAUGUCCAGACCUGAUCUUCCUGUUGGAUUUGGAGGGUGGCAGGCUGUGGAUGGCACUCCUCAAGAAACCAGUGAUGGUAUGUAUAGAUGUGGUCCUGCUUCAGUGCAAGCCAUUAAACAUGGUCAUGUUUGCUUCCAGUUUGAUGCUGCCUUUGUUUUUGCUGAGGUUAACAGCGAUGUCGUUUACUCCAAAGCAAUGAAAAACGGGACACGAGUGAUUGAACAAAUUGACACAACCCAUAUUGGGAAAUUAAUCGUGACCAAGGAUAUUGGUAGUGAUGGAAUGAAGGAUAUUACUGAGCAGUACAAAUUCCGAGAAGGUACAGAUGAAGAGAGAAUAGCACUCGAGACUGCCCUAAUGUAUGGUGUUAAAAAGGAGGCUACGCAGGAUAGUGUGCAUCUGCCACAGUCUGAUGUUGACAUGGACUUUGAAGUGGAACAUGCUGUACUCGGCAGUGACUUCAAAGUCACCAUAACCUUCAGAAACAAUGGCCAAAGUCGUCACACUGCAACAGCUUACCUUUCCGGCAACAUCGUGUUUUAUACAGGAGUCGCGAAGAAUGAAUUCAAGAGCCAGUCUUUUGAUGUGAUACUGGAACCCUUUUCAUCAAAAGUGGUAGAGGUUUUAAUCAGAUCAAGCGACUACAUCAAUCAGCUGCUGGACCAGGCCUCUUUGCAUUUCUUCGUCACAGCACGUCUCAAUGAAACAAAAAAGAUUUUGGCCAAGCAGAAGACUUCGGUCCUAGACAUCCCCAAGCUGCACCUCAAGGUGAAAGGAGAGAAGGUAGUUGGUAAAGAAAUGUUUGUGACAGUGGAAUUCACCAAUCUAGUGAAACAGAAGCUUAAGAAUGUGUCCGUACGUCUUGAUGGACCUGGAAUACUGAAGACAGUCCAGAAGACAUUCAAGGAAAUUCCAGAGAAUUCUACCUUGACCUGGGAAGAAAAAUGUAUCCCCAGGCGAGCUGGACUUCGAAAGCUGAUUGCAAGCCUGACUUGUGAUACUCUGCGGCACGUCUAUGGUGAGCUGGAUGUAGAGAUUCAAAAGAAACUAGCUGUGUGAACAAGAUUUCUUCUUCAUUCUUUUCAUUUAUCACUUUCAAAGUUUCAUUAUAAAAAAAGAGGCAGAAAUAUAUUUUCAGCUAUUUUUAUUGUCCAAACUCUCAAUAAGUUGCAAUGAAAAAUGUAAUUGAAAACACCAGGGAAAACUGGGGAAGCAUUUAUAGGCUUGUGAAUGGUUCUAGCUUAGAUAAAACUAGUUAAAGGCAAUUCCAUGCCAUAUGACUUAUACAGUUCACUUAUAGUUAUGGCCCUUUGCAUUAGUGCUGGGAUGAUUUCUAAAAUGUUCCAUCCACCAAAGCACUCUGAACUUCAGUUUUAAUUAAAGUCUGAUAUUUCUCAGAAUAAAAAACACGUUAUAAAUUCUUAUGAUAGACUACUCUGACUGCAAUAAAAACAGGUAUUUUUAACUAAAGGCAUUGCCUUAUCUUAGAGUCUUAGUUUUCAGAUUCACAGAGCAGCUCACUUUGGUCACAGAGCUGCUCAGUUCUGUUCCCCUACAGCACUGCUACCAUCAUUUCCUCCCAUUCCUCCCCAUCCCUCUUCCCACUUCCAUUUCUUGGCCCAAUACUCAUUACACUAAAAGUUUUGUUCUUUUGACCAUAGACUCUCUCCUCUGGUCUCUCUCUCACUUUCUCUUUUCCAUCUUGAAGAAGAGCUCAUUCUUCCUUCUACUUGAGUGUUGAAGAUGGCCACUGACUCUAGAAGGAGUUUCAUUCCCCACCACAGAGCUCAGGCUCUGCAGAGGUGGAAAUAAGAGGGGACAAGGGACAAGAGGGGAUGAGCAGACCGCAGACUGGCAAUUUUUUUCAUUUGUUCUCCCCUUCUGAGCCAACAAAGGAAGCUACCUUCAAGUUCAUUUGCCCCCUCCAUGCUGUGAGACUCUCUUUCAGGAAGACAUGAUCACAGGAAAGCCAUUUGAAGCACUGUUUCUACAGGACCUGUGUUUUUCAAGCACAGUCAGAGCCAGUGGGGUUGGGCAACACAGUACAAAUGACCUUGCUAUUGGAUGACUUCCUCUCCCCCAUCACAAAGUAGGGCCCAGAUUUUUGGGUAUUCACAGAUUAAGGGGGUAGAAUGCCAACUUUUCCUAGGGAGCAGGGCAUAUAAACACAUCCCAGAAGAGAAGGAGAAGCUGGAAACUCCACAAGCUCAAAUCUGUUCUCCUAUCUGUUCUACUUGCAUAAGGAAGGACCUCGGGCUUCAUGUUUUUCUUUUCAGAUCACUCCUACCCAAAAGUAUUCCUGACACUUUCUUUAUUGAUUCCUUAUUCAGUGUUCCUCUUCCUCCUGAAACUGCUUCCGUGUCCUCCAAUUCUUAGCCAAAAGGAAGCCCCUGUUGGUGCAUUCUCUGCUACUGAGUGGCCUUCAGUCAUAUUGACAUGUCUUACUCAUGACAUCUUAGAGUGACAGUGCUGCCAGACAGAUACAACACAGACUCUGACAGGUCUGAAAGUUCAGUUACAUUCAGAGUUCAAGUUUUCAGGGAGUGAGAGUGUCUGCAGUUUUUAAGAGUCAUAUUCUUUUCUUCUUUUUUUUUCAUCCCCCAAAUUCAUAUGAGUCCUGUUUUCUAUUGAAAUAUUUUACAGUCUUUUCCGUACAAGCCAAGUGUACACACACGUGUGGAGAUAGCUUGGAAAUUAUUUUGUACCUGCAGUAAAAUCUCCAUUUGCUGCACUGCACAGAUCUACUGCAUGAAAAGGAUGUCACCCACGUUAACAAACUGCAUGUGUGGGAUACUUAAUCAUUUAAAAUAAGUGAAAAGAAAGUAGGUGUAAAUCACAUAGUUAUUAAAUAAUACAGAAUUACAGUCACCUUGGGUGUGUCUACACUUGCUCCUAUGGUGCUGUUGUUACUGUGCUGUCAUUUAGUACUUCCGUUAGCUCCCCUUCUUUCCACAUGAUCCCUUUUACUCCCCAGCCCCACAACGUGUAUUCAAUUAAGAAUAGCUUCUCUUAAAGAAGUAAGAAGUAAGCCCAGAAGUUCUCUUAGUAAUAGAGGUCAUAUUCAAGGGAGAUUGACAGGGGCACAUAACUUUUAGUAUCAAAAUCUGUACCUUGGCUACUCCACCAAUAAGCAUUGUGUAGAGAAAGAGCACCCCUAUCUGUGCCUGUGGGCAUUUUCACGCAGAGAAUAAGUAGCUUCAAACCUAAGAAUACCUACUAGCCUAUGGGCUUCAGUACAAACAUGUGCACAUGCAUAUUUCACUAGCACGAUUUACAUGAGCACAUAUGAAGCUGGCCCUUGCCUAGGCAUUCAAGUCCCAUGUGUAUGUGCCUGACAUCUAGCAGAGUGCCUUAAUUGUAUUAUAACCAAUUUUAAGUGACCACAUGGUCCUGCUAGCCUCCACAAUAUCGAAUGAAACAUCAGCUUUGCUAUUGAGUAUACACCGGCUUUCUAAUAUAUGUUAUUAACAACUAGAGUGUAAUAGAAAUUUAUAAUAAAGCAAAUCUGGCUAUGCUAUAAAGCUCAA